AACCAGGUCGGUUUGUUUCAUGAGUUAGCUGUACCCGCACCCCUUCUUCGUUUUCGUCGACAGGCUCCGCUGUCAGAAACAAACCAAACGACCAAAACCACCUCUCUCGCUCUCUCUUUCUCUCUCUCGAAAAUUACAGAAUGCCGCGAGCCCCACCCAUGGCCACCGCCAUCUGACGACCGUCCCUCCCACCGCUGAGGAUCCGAGAUGGGCCACAACUCCCGCCGCGAGUCCCUCGCCUCGACGACAUCCUCGUCGUCCACGUGGCAGGCGGAUCCCAUCCCCGCCGACCCGGGCAUCGAAUGGCCCUUCGGGAAGGUGGAAUUUCUCGACCGCGAAGAUCUUAGGGAGACCGCGUACGAGGUGUUCUUCGCGGCUUGCCGAUCGUCGCCCGGGUUUGGCGGGAGGGGCGCGCUCUCUUACUAUCCGGCGCAGGAUAGCGGGGAGGGCGCUGGAAGGAACGGUAGCAGGAUGAAGAUGGCCAUGGGGCUGAAGACGACGAAGCGAGGGUCGCCGAGGCGGUCGUUGACGUGUCCGAGCUCGACCAAUGGGGUCGCGACAGCUGUCUCGCCGAGGGCGAAACGGGCAAUGACGCCGUCGGAAUUGAUGAGGCGGCAGAUGAGGAUGUCGGAGCAGAGCGAGAGCCGGCUUAGGAAGACGCUCAUGAGGAUGAUCGUUGGACAGAUGAGCCGGCGUGCAGAGACAAUCAUCCUCCCACUAGAGCUCCUCCGCCAUUUAAAACCAUCUGAAUUUGAAGGCACCCAUGAGUACUCCCACUGGCAACGGCGCCAGCUAAAAAUCAUGGAAGCAGGCAUCCUCCUGCACCCUUUGAUCCCCCUGGACCCAUCGAACGCUUCCGCAGUCCGUCUCCAUCAGAUCAUCCAAUCAAGCAAAUCGAAGAUCAUUGACACUAGCAAGAAUUCAGAAACCAUGAAAACGUUGUGCAAUUGUGUAAUGACACUAGCUUGGCGGGGCCCCAAUGGCACCGUCCCGGAAACGUGUCACUGGGCAGAUGGUUACCCAAUCAACCUCCACCUCUACAUCGCAAUCCUCCAGUCGGUCUUUGAUAUCAAGGAUGCGACCAUGGUCAUUGAUGAGAUCGACGAUCUUGUAGAGCUCAUGAAGAAGACAUGGUCCACCUUGGGCAUUACUAGGUUGAUACACAAUGUAUGUUUUUCAUGGGUACUCUUCCACCAGUUUGUUGCAACAGGCCUAGUGGAACAUGACCUCUUGUUUGCUUCUCUUACAAUUCUGGCGGAGGUUGCGAACGAUGCCAAGCGGGCCGAUAAGGAUAUCCUGUAUGGUAGGAUCCUCUCAUCAGCAUUGGCUUCAAUGCAAGGGUGGGCUGAAAAGAGAUUGCUCGAUUACCAUGGGAGCUUUCAGAAGAAUGCUGCCAAGUUGGUGGAGAACAUCCUCCCUUUAGCACUUUCGGCCACAAAGAUCUUAGACGAAAGUGUUUCAAGCAAUGGGGCAGCGCAGAGAGUCGCUUCACAGAUUCCAGAUCAUGCAGUUCCGGAUUCCACACGGAAUCGAGUUGAUUACUACAUAAGGUCAUCAUUGAGGAAAGCAUUUGCCAAGUCAUCACCAUCGUCUGCCAAUGAUCAACAGAUCUUGGAAGGUGGGAAUGCAAACAGCAGGGCCGUCCAAGUGGGUGAAGACACCAGCAAAGCUCUCCUCGCAUUGGCGAAAGAAACAGAGGAGUUGGCCUUGAGAGAGAAGGAGAAUUUCAGCCCUAUCCUUAGGAGGUGGCACCCCGUCGCAGCCGGGGUUGCCGCCGUGACCCUCCAUGAGUGCUAUGGGGCCGUGUUAAAGCAUUACCUUGGUGAGGUCUCCACCGCCAGUUACGAGGUGAUCCAGGUACUGCAGAUGGCCGGGAAGCUAGAGAAGGUCUUGGUUCAGAUGGUGGUGGAAGACUCUGUGGAUUGUGAGGACGGAGGAAAGACCAUCGUUAGAGAGAUGGUGCUGUACGAAGUCGAUUCUGUUAUUAUGGGCCUCAUGAGGGCGGGGAUAAACCAGAGAUUGAAGAUAGGGGAGGAGUGUCUUCACAUUGCUAAAGAAACUGAGACGUGGAACCCCAUGUCCAGAAAAGAGCCAUAUGCAGAGUCGGCGGUGGAGAUAAUGAAGAUGGCUAAUGGAAUUGCGGACAGCUUCUUUGAAAUGCCGGUACAAGGACCAUCUCGCAGAUUGAUUAAAGACAUUGCAGAUGGCUUACAAACCCUCCUGAGAGACUACAUUUCCUUUUCUGCAUCAUGUGCAUCAAAGCAAAGCUACAUCCCUGCACUUCCCCCUUUAACCAGAUGCAACCAAGAUUCCAAGAUCGUCCAGCUAUGGAGGAAGGCAAGCCAAUGGUGGGUGGGCACGGCCAGCUCAAGCGAUUCCAAUAAGAAUGGCUUAAGCAGCAACCACCAACCUCGACCACUGAUGAGCCGCGGGACACAACGUCUCUACAUCCGUCUCAACACCCUCCACUACCUCUUCUCCGAAGUCGACUCCCUUUACAAGUCCCUCUCUCCCAGCUCAACUCCCUCCCCUCUCACUGCCCGUUUUCCGAUCAGCCGCUGCAGCCUCAGUACCACCCCCUCCUUCGACCUCAUCCAGUCCUCCAUCCAGUCCGCCACCCAACACGUCUCCAAGGUCGCGGCCUUCCGCCUCAUCUUCCAUGACCUGCACACUGUCUUCUAUGAGAACCUCUACACAGGAAGCAUAACCAACACCCGCAUCCAGCCCACACUGCACCUCCUCAAGCAGAACCUCACGCUCCUAACCACAAUCCUCACCAAUCAGGCUCGGCCCCUUGCAGUGAUAGAGGUGAUGAAGGCUUCUUUUGAGGCCUUCUUGACUGUGUUGCUCGCAGGAGGGAGGUCCCGCACCUUCACAAGGUCUGACUACGAGAUAGUAGCAGAAGAUUUCAGGAGCCUGAAGCUUGCAUUUUGCACUUGCGGGGAAGGAUCCAUGGCAGAAGAGGUGGUGGAGAAGGAAGCAGAGGUGGCUGAGGGGGUGGUCGAAUUAAUGGGCCUAGGUUCAGAGCAGCUAGUUGAAGACUUCAGUAUCAUAGCAUGCGAGAUGAGUGGGCUUGGAAUAGGGGAAGGGUCAAAGCGGAAGGUGCCAAUGCCACCGACUACAGGAAGAUGGAACCAGGCCGACCCUAACACAAUCCUGAGAGUGUUGUGUCACAGGAAUGAUUCUGUGGCCAACAGCUUCCUGAAGAAGACAUUUCAAUUACCAAGGAGAAAAUGAAAACACUAAUCAGAAAAAGAUAAGAUGGAGAGGGCAUAGUUCUUAUACAUGGGAAUAGAGCACAAGCUUUCUCAAUUUGGUUGUGAUGAGGUCUUGUAUGGGGUUGGGAGUGUUUUGGUCUAUAUGCUUUCUCUUGGGUAGAAUGAUAGUUCGUUUCACAGGGUGACAGAUCCGGUGAAGCCAAGCCAGAAGAACCAGAAUACACUAGAUCCGUAGAUCCAUCUCUUCAGAGUAUGUGUCGCAGGGUAAUGUAUCAAUCCCAUCCAUUUCACACGACUCUUUAAGUGGAUUUCUUAUGUUUCAGAAAUGGAAACUAUUGGAAGAUCCUGUACAUCAUUUUUCUUCAA